GAUUAUCCAUCCCUCCGGCCAUCGCCCUGCCCGUCUCUUUCUCUCGUGGGGGAUCACAGACCCAGACCCAAGUGAAGUGGGUCUUCCAUCUGAUCCCCCAAAAUCCGAUGAGUAGUUGACGGGUUUUCGGAUCAUGGGUUGCGUCAGCUCCAGACAGGCACGCCACGACGCCAUUUCUUCCCCGGAUUCCUCUGCCCUUACCACCAUCCGAGAUGGCCGGAAGUACCACCGUUCCCGGUCGAGUUUGGGCCACCGCAAGGUUGGGUUCGGAGGGUUGGAGAAGAUCCAAGAGGAGUCUGAAGAAGGGGAGGAGGAAUUUUGUUCCCCUGCCAAGAAGAAUCCCAAGGCAUUGUCGAAGGUGCAUUCCGCCAGGAAAGCUGCAUUUAGCAUCAAAUUUGGGAGGCUGACGGAGGGCGAACAUGCUGCCGCUGGUUGGCCUUCGUGGCUCUCUGCCGUGGCCGGAGAGGCCGUUGAGGGAUGGCUCCCCCUCCGAGCAGACAAGUUUCAGAGAUUAGAAAAGAUUGGACAGGGUACGUACAGCAGUGUUUACCGGGCACGUGAUCUUGAAAAUGGAAAGGUGGUUGCCCUGAAGAAGGUUCGGUUUGACAACUUCCAACCUGAAAGUGUUAGAUUCAUGGCACGAGAAAUAACUGUCCUCCGCAGACUUGAUCAUCCUAACAUCAUGAAACUGGAGGGCAUAAUCACUUCCCGGUCGUCGUGUAGCAUCUGCCUUGUUUUUGAGUACAUGGAACAUGAUCUCUCCGGAUUGCUGUCUUGUCCUGACAUCAAGUUCAAUGACUCGCAGAUCAAAUGCUUUAUGAAGCAGCUAUUGUCUGGGCUAGAACACUGCCACUCAAGGGGGAUUAUGCAUCGAGACAUCAAAGUAUCAAACAUUUUAGUAAACAAUGAAGGAAUUCUGAAGAUAGGAGACUUUGGUCUUGCAACCUUUGUUAGUGCAAAGAACAGCAAGCAACCACUGACCAGCCGGGUGGUGACCCUGUGGUAUCGACCGCCCGAACUUCUGUUAGGGUCGACGGAUUAUGGUGUGACAGUUGAUUUAUGGAGUGCUGGCUGUGUUUUUGCAGAGCUUUUCUUUGGAAAGCCUCUACUAAAAGGUAGAACUGAGGUGGAACAACUGCACAAAAUCUUUAAACUAUGUGGUUCACCACCUGAUGUGUAUUGGGAAAAUUCUGAACGUCCACUUGCAGCUAUCUUUAAACCCCAAUAUGCUUAUGAGAGUACACUCCGUGAAAGAUGUAAAGAAUUACCAAAAUCUGCUGUAAACCUUAUCCAAACACUUCUCUCAAUAGAACCUUAUGAACGUGGAACUGCAUCGUCUUCCCUUAAUUCUGAGUAUUUCUAUACGAGGCCCUAUGCUUGUGAUCCAUCAACCAUGCCAAUUUUCCCACCAAACAGAGAGAUUGAUGCAAAACUCCGUGAAGAAGCAAGGAGACGGAAGACAGGUUCCACAGUAAGGGGAGGAUCUGCAUUCUCAAGGAAUAAGAGAACACGUCGAGGAGUGGCCUCCACUGAGAGGCAGCUUCUCAGACAACAGAAUUAUCUCAAGGGGACAGUAUUUGCUCUGUCCCUGUACAAACAAUUAGCAGUUAUGAUGGAUGGCCAAAAAGUCAAAGACUGGAUCGUUCAGGAUUACAUGCUUAUGGUAAUUCAAAAAGGCUACAAAUGAAUCCUGUAAAACUACCCAUCGACCCAUCGGAUUUAUAUGGGCAAGAAAAUUGAGAAUGUUCAAGCAGCAGUCACAAGAAUGACGGGUUCACCUCUUGGCUUCAUGAUAAACGGGUGGAACGGCUUGAGUUCUUUUAUGAAUUAUCAGUGGACCGUAAUGGUGAACAAGGCAGUUCAGACAGGGCGGUCAUUCUCAGGACCAUUGCCAUUCGAGUCGCAUAGAAUGCAGGAUGGCCAGGCAGUUCAAAGAUCACGUUUCUAUAGAGAUGUGUAACUGGAAUGAGUUGGUGGACUAAAAGAUGCCAUUCAUUGAGAACCCUCAAAGUCAUUGAACUUUGACAGGGGAGCGAUUUUUGGCCUGAACUUCUGAGCCCGCACCAAUGUUCGUGGACUCGAGUACAAAACCGUGACAUAAGAAUUGAGAGGUAGUGAAAACAUUCUGACCAAUAUAUGUUUUUCAAACUCACUCCCCAAAUUCAUUUUUUGAGUUGUCUGGGUUGCUCUGGUGGUGGAGGCAGUUGACAGUGGCCAAACAAGGAUGGAGCUGGCCUGCAAUGGGGACAAUAG